AUGUCGACGUCGAAGCCUGUCGAAUGGGUUUCAGCACUAAUUGAACGAUUUGAAGAUCAAUUACCAAUUAAAUGUGGAGAAUUAACAAAUCCAAUGCGUUCAAAUUUAGAGCAAAAUAAAGAAUGUCUUAUUGCAUUAAGUCGAUUUAAAUUUUCACUUGUUAUUAAUGGUUUAACAGAUAUCUUAAAAACAAUUGAUAAUACCAGAUUUGGUGGAUAUGAUCAAGAAAAAAAUAUUUAUGAAUCAUAUUUAAUUGUACUUGAUGCUGUUGAACAAUGUUUAGCAAAUACAAAAGAUUUAAGUACUAGUCGUUUGGAUGAAGCUAUCUAUGUUAAUAAAUUAUUGCCUGUCGUUUGUAAGCUUUUGAAUGUGCCCGGUGAUGGAAUAACAGUUCAGCAAGUUCGGCAACUAGCUUCGAAUGUUUUAUUUGCAUUAAGUGUAAAUAAUUUCGGAACACUUUUUAGUAAAGUUGUUUCAAGACUUGAAUGUUUAAUUGCAUCGGGUGACGAAACGUGUGAAGCCGGUGAUCUUGAUCUUAUUCAACAUAUGAAUGUUGAUAUGCUUAAAUUAACAAGACUUCUUAAUGAGGAAGUACAAAAAUGGAGAUUACUUAAAAAAUUUCAUCAUACAGAAUUGGUUAAAAGUGUUGAAAAAGCUAUUUGGAAUUGGUUAGAUACAUAUCCAGAAGAAUUUACUGAUUUACAAAAAAGACCAAAUGCUGAAUUAAGUGACAAUUGUGAAAAACUAUUUGAAUUACUUGAUUCAUUUGGUGAAGCAAAUCGUCGUAAAGUUCAAUAUGUUUGGCCACUUCAAAUGAUGUUAUUAGUAUUAUGUCCAAUAAUUCUUGAAGAAUUAGUUUAUGCAUUAGAAAAAGGUGGUCCUUGUUCAGCUGAACAUUUACGUAAAAGAAAUUUUGUUGAUGCAUUAAAACGUCAAUUACAUGCACAAGUAUUAGUUCUUGGUCAUAGUGUUUUACUUAAUGAUGUUUAUUAUGCAUCAGAAAUUGAAGAAGUUUGUCUUGUUGAUGAUAAUCAAUUUACAUUAACAAUAGCUAAUGAAACAGGACCAUUAUCAUUUAUUCAUAAUGAUUGUGAUAAUAUUGUUCAAGCGAUUAUUCAUAUUAGAACAAGAUGGGAACUUGCUCAACCUGAUUCAAUACAAAUUCAUAAUAAAAUUCGACCAAAAGAUGUUCCAGGAACAUUAUUAAAUAUUGCCUUAUUAAAUUUAGGUUCACUCGAUCCAUCAUUACGUUCUGCAGCUUAUAAUCUAUUAUGUGCAUUAACACAAACAUUUGAUUUACGUAUUGAAGGUCAAUUACUUGAAUCAUCUGGUCUUUGUAUUCCAUCAAAUAAUACAAUAUUUAUAAAAACAAUAUCAGAAAAAUUAGCAUUAAAAGAAGCACAUUUAACAUUAGAAUUUUUAGAAGAAUGUAUUGAAGGUUUUAGAAAUUCAACAAUUGAAUUAAAACAUCUUUGCUUAGAAUAUAUGACAAAAUGGUUACCAAAUUUAACAAGAUUUUGUAAACAAAAUGAUGAUAAUAAACGAGCUAAAGUUUCAAUGAUACUUGAUAAAUUAAUAACAUUAACUAUUGAAGAAGAUGAUAUGUAUCCAUCAAUCCAAGCAAAAAUUUGGUCACAUGUUGGACAAGUUAGUGAUUUAUUAGAUAUUGUUUUAGAUUGUUUUAUAAAACGAUCUGUACUUGGUGGUCUUGGAUCAUUACAAGCUGAAAUUUUAGCUGAUACAGCUGUUGCCUUAGCUAGUUCAAAUGCUUUAUUAUUUUCUCGAAAAGUUAUUGGACGUCUUUGUCGUUUAAUUGAAAAAACAUGUUUAUCACCAACACCAACAUUAGAACAACAUUUAAUAUGGGAUGAUAUUGCUAUAUUACUUCGUUAUUUAUUAAUGCUUUCAUUUAAUAAUUCACUUGAUGUUGCAUCACAUUUACCAUUUUUAUUUCAUAUUGUUACAUUACUUGUUAGUACAGGUCCAUUAACAUUACGAGCAUCAACACAUGGUCUUGUUAUAAAUAUAUUACAUUCAUUAUGUACAUGUUCUCAACCACAAUUUAGUGAUGAAACUCAACGUGUUUUACGUUUAUCUUUAGCAGAAUUUUCUUUACCAAAAUUUUAUGCAUUAUUUGGUUUAUCAAAAGUUAAAUCGGCAAGUGUUAUUGCAUUUCGUACAGGUAUAAUAAGACAACAACAACAACAACAACAUUCAAGUCAAAUAUUAUCACAAGAUAAACAACAACAACAACAAAUUUUAACAGGACGUUCAAUGACAAUAACAAAUACGUAUUCACCAACAAUUGAACAACCUGAAAGAAUGAGUUUAACAUCUCUUGAAACAAUAACAGAUACUUUAUUAGAAUUAAUGGAAGCUUGUAUGAAUGAUAUACCUGAUUGUGAAUGGUUAGCACAAUGGCAAGAAUUAGCUAAACGUUUUGCUUUUCAAUUUAAUCCUGCUUUACAACCAAGAGCUAUUAUUGUUUAUGGUUGUAUAUCAAAAACAACAAGUGAUGGAGAAAUCAAAACCUUAUUACGUAUACUUGUUAAAGCACUCGAAUCAUUUUCAGAUAUUGAUUUAAUUGAUUCAAUAAUAAUGUGUUUAACACGUUUAUUACCAUUAUUAUCACCAGAAUCUAAAAUACAUAAAUUUAUGUUUUGGAUUGCUUUAUCAAUUUUACAAUUAGAAGAAACACAAUUAUAUGCAUCUGGUUUAGCAUUACUUGAACAAAAUCUUCAUACACUUGAUCAUAUGUAA